AUGUGUCCUGUGAGUUGCCGCUGUGAGGGCAAGAUUGUUUACUGUGAGUCCAGCGCCUUUCAAGACGUCCCAGAGAACAUCUCCCUGGGGUGUCAGGGUCUAUCCAUGCGGUACAACAGCCUUCUGGUGUUGCUACCCUAUCAAUUUUCUCACCUCAACCAGCUGGUGUGGCUCUACCUGGACCACAAUUCCAUGAGCGUAGUGGACAGACUGGCUUUCCAGGGACUUCGUCGGUUAAAGGAAUUAAUCUUGAGCUCUAACAAGAUCAUGCAGUUGCAGAACAGCACCUUUGAGACUGUUCCAAACUUGCGAAACCUUGACCUGUCCUACAAUCAGUUGCAGGACUUGAGGCCGGGGCAUUUUCACGGACUUCGCAAGCUUCAGAACCUUCACCUCAGAUCCAACAAUAUCAAAAGCAUUCCUGUACGUACCUUUAUGGAAUGUCGGAGCCUCGAGUUUCUCGAUUUGGGUUAUAAUCGCCUACGGACCAUAACUCGUACAACCUUUCUGGGACUGCUCAGGCUGACGGAAUUGCACCUGGAACAUAAUCAGUUUUCGAGGAUUAACUUUUUUCUUUUUCCACGGCUCUUAAAUCUCCAGGCUCUUUAUCUGCAAUGGAAUCGCAUACGGACAAUCAUCCAGGGAUCACCUUGGACAUGGCACACCUUGCAGAAAUUGGAUCUAUCAGGCAAUGAGAUUCAAGUUUUGGAUCCUGCCAUUUUUAAGUGUUUGCCCAACUUGCACACUCUCAAUCUGGAAUCUAACAAGAUCAGCAACGUGUCCCAGGAAGUUGUUUCAUCAUGGAUCUCCAUUAGCACAAUCAACCUGGCAGGAAAUGUAUGGGACUGCAGCUCAAAUAUCUGCCCUCUGGUGUCUUGGCUGAGAAACUUUAGGGGUACAAGAGAUGCCAGUAUUAUAUGCAGCACUCCAAAAUCCCUUCAAGGAGAAAAGGUCUUGGACACCAUGAAGAACAACUCUGUAUGUGAGGAGAUAUUCACUGUGGAACCAACCACAGAUCUAACUUUUCUUUUGACUACUACCACAACAACUCUCUAUAUGACAAAGCCACCUAAAACCACCACUACAACAACUACAUCCACAACAGCUAGACAAAUUUCCCAAUUCGACAAAGAAUUCCACCCAACCAUUCCAAUGCCCAGCAGCUUGCCUUUCACUCCAGAGCCAGAGUUCGAGCACAUGACCUUCCACAAGAUCAUCGCCGGCAGCGUUGCACUAUUCCUCUCAGUGUUGUUGAUCCUGUUGGUGAUUUACGUGUCCUGGCGUCACUACCCCAACAGUAUCAGGCAGCUCCAGCAGCACUCCAUCCGACGCAAGCGCAGGAAAAAGACUCAAGAGCCGGAGCACAACAUCAACUCCCAACUGCAAGAGUAUUAUCUGAGCUACAACCAUGCCAAUGCAGAGACCAUGGACUCUUUGGUUAACGGGGCGUGCACCUGCACCAUCUCUGGUUCCAGAGAGUGCGAGGUAUGACCUACCGCUAACAAAACGCAUUCUCUGCACCGGGGAGUCAGAGAAUGCAUCCACAUUCCCACGACCGCUCCCAGGGGCCUGGCUGGGAGACAUACCAACAAUUCAUUGAGGACCGGCUCAGUUUAAGCUCCGAGAACACAAAAG